GGUGGCGGCGGCGGCGGCGGGGGGCGCUUCAUCCCCAUCGUGAAGGACGACCGCACGCAGAACGCCUACGGCGAGAACACCUUCGAGUUCGAGGCCGCCAACGGCAUCGUCCGCUACGAGUCCGGAAAAGAAGACAACGGACACGUGCAGGAGGGAGGCUGGAGGUACCAGGCGCCGGAGGGCAUCCCUGUGGAGAUCACCUUCGUGGCCGACCAGGGGGGGUACCAGCCCCAGGGGGCCCUGCUCCCCGUGGCCCCGCCUCUUCCCUACCAGAGGACGCAGUCCUUCGGAGGAGCAGCAGGAGGCGGAGGAGGAGGAGGAGGAUAUGCGUGAAUCUGAGAAGCCGACUUGCUGAUUUCUUUGAGCUUCAUCCCCCUUCAUAGUCAUCUUGAGGAGCUGGUCUCUAUGUUGUCGUUUCAUCGCUAUCCAUUUGUUGUUUACUGAUGCAUGUCAUAUUUCACAAUUGGCUGAUUUAUCGAAAUAAAUUCUAUCUACA